GAACCCGAGCACCCCGCCAACCUGAUCCCCGAGCUGUGCCGGCUCUUCUACACCCUUGGCUGGGUCACCGGCACUGGGCAAGUACCUUUCCGCGGCGGCAUCACCAUCCGGCACAACGAUUACAUCUACAUUGCCCCUUCGGGUGUCCAGAAGGAGCGCAUCAAGGCCACGGACCUGUACGUCGUUGCUCCCAAUCGCGACAUUCUGCGCUCGCCGCCCCCCGAGAAGGGAUGGAAGCCCUCGCAGUGUACCCCUCUCUUCUUCAACGCCUACGACCUGCGCAACGCCGGCGCCUGCAUCCACACCCACUCCCAACAUGCCGUCAUGGUCACUCUGUUGUGGCCCGGAGAAUACUUUGAAAUCACACACCAAGAGAUGAUCAAGGGCAUCCGCAAGGGCAUGACCAAAACCAACUACAAGUACUAUGAAACCCUGCGGAUCCCUAUUGUUGAGAACACGGCUGAGGAAGAAGACCUGAGGGAUAGAAUGCACGCCGCCAUGGAAAAGUACCCCGAUUCUUGCGCUGUCCUCGUGCGCCGCCACGGCGUCUACGUCUGGGGCGAGAACUGGCAGAAGGCCAAGUCCAUGUCCGAGUGCUAUGACUACUUGUUCGAGAUCGCUGUCAAGAUGAGAUCUAUCGGACUGGACCCUGCCAAGGUUCCUGAAGACUCGGAAUACGCCGAUGUGUGUGCCAACCACAAGUGCUGCUGA